AGUUGCACUUACUAUCAGUUAAACACCGUUACUAAACAGGAUGAAAUUCUCACUACUAGUAGUUUGCUGCCUAGCUGUUGCCUCCCUGUCCGAGGCUAGAACAUACCCUAUAGGUGAUCUUGCCAAUCUGAGAUCACCUUCCGAUGACUUCCGUAUACCACUUACCGAAGGGUUGCUUGAGGAGCUGAAGAAACUCCUGGACUUCCUCUCGAAAGCCAUUAUGGACGCUGUGCACGAGCUGAAGCAAAGUGUAGACAAGUUGAUAAAUGAAGUUACCCAGAAAACGGAAGAACUGCUACAGUUGGCCAACGGCAGCAUCGACGAGUAUCUCCAGGAAGCGAAACAGAAUCUUACUGCACUAGGAUCUCAAGUGGCAGAUUGUGUGGUACCGGCCACCGCAGAACUGGAAAAAGUUGCGGUGCAUUCCUAUGAGAAUACGAAAAAGUGCUACGAUGACCUAGUGACGCGGGUCAGAAUAAUGACCGACAAUGUGGAGGAGCACGUGAAGUAUGGAAUCGAAAAGGUGGAAGAAAUUGAACAUAUCGGAAAGGAGUGCGUGGCGGAGAAUCCCGGUCUGGUGGAUAAGGUGAAAUGCAUUCUGGAUCAUGUCGGCGAAUCAACCACCAUCGUGCAAGAAAUCAUCAAAGAUGUAGGCCAACUGACGUCGGAAACAUCACGGGAAAUAGUUUCACUGAGCAACGAUACCCGAGGAUGCCUACUGGACGUAGUUCGGAUGUCCCGGAACGAAGUGGACAAGGUGAUGUCGGAUGUGAUGCAGUGUCUGAAAGAAACGCACCCAGCUUCCACGGAGUUGAACGAGUAGUCGCUCGAAUGGGCAUUUCUUUACAAUUAGUGAAUGUACGGUUAUCGGCAAAACAUGUUUUAUUUAAAUUCAUUUAUGAUAUGUUGUCUUCAACCUAUCCCACUGAAUCAACAGUUUGUUUUACUAAAUUUCCUUGAAUAACCUACUGUCUUAGAGAUUUUAUAUCAUUCAUUAUAAUCAUUGAAUAUAAAAAUUGAGAUAUCACUUAUCACAUAAAAAAUUCGUUGAAACUUAA